GAGUCUCAGCUCUGCGCGGUCUCCUUGGGAAAGUGCGACCGAUUCUUUCACCGGAAGUACCGCGGGCUGGAACCUCCGGUGUGGAGCGGAUGUUCAGCGAUGUAGUAAGUGGUUCUGCCUUGACCCCAAAAUGCUGUAAAGAGGCCCUCUGGGGUUGGUACCUGCCAAAUCUGGGCAACUGGCGGAUCCCAUGAGCCUUCCACACGUCACCUAGUCCCGGUCCUGCUCCAUCUCUCUGGCGUUCCCGGUUAGGAUGGGUCACGAGGUGUUCAGGUUUCCUGUCUCCUGCUGCCAGAGCCCGAAAUUCUAGGAAGUCAACGCCUGAGUUCCAAUCUGGAUGUCCUUUCAAAAGGCGAGGUGGACUGGGAAGCCAGCACCGCAAAAACCGAUGUACCCUAUUCAGGUCCGGCCCCAUGGGAGAGGCGAACCAGUCGAGAGUCUCUGAGUUCCUCCUCCUGGGGCUCUCCAGGCAGCCCCAGCAGCAGCAGCUCCUCUUCCUGCUCUUCCUCACCAUGUACCUGGCCACGGUCCUGGGAAACCUGCUCAUCCUCCUGGCCAUCAGUGUGGACUCCCGCCUCCACGUCCCCAUGUACUUCUUCCUCUGCAACCUGUCCUUUGUGGACACCUGCUUCUCCUCCACCACUGUCCCCAAGGUGCUGGCCAACCACCUACUCGGGAGACAGACCAUCUCUUUCUCUGGGUGUCUCACGCAGAUGUACUUUGUUUUCAUGUUCAUGGACAUAGACAAUUUCCUCCUGGCUGUGAUGGCCUAUGACCGCUUUGUGGCUGUAUGCCACCCCUUACACUACUCAGCAAAGAUGACCCCCCAGCUCUGUGCCUUGCUGGUCACUGGAUCGUGGGUCACUGCCAGUCUGGAUAUGCUCCUGCACACCCUGCUGAUGGCUCGACUCUCCUUCUGUGCAGACAAUGCCAUCCCCCACUUCUUCUGUGAUGUGACUCCCCUCCUCAAACUCUCCUGCUCUGACACACACCUCAAUGAGCUGAUGAUUCUAAUUGAAGCAGGGCCGAUAAUGAUCGCUCCAUUUAUUUGCAUCCUGGUAUCAUAUGUCCUUAUCACCUGUGCUGUCCUGAGAGUCCCAUCCACAAAGGGGAGAUGGAAAGCCUUCUCCACCUGUGGCUCCCACCUGGCUGUGGUAUUCCUCUUCUAUAGCACCAUCAUAUUUCUGUAUUUCAACCCUUUGUCCUCCCACGCAGCUGAGACAGAUGUAGCAGCUGCUGUGAUGUUCUCUGUGGUGACGCCCAUGCUGAACCCCUUCAUCUACAGCCUGAGAAACCAGGACAUAAAAAAGGCUCUUGGAAAAGUGGUUGCUAUUAAAUUUUUUUCUGUUUAGUAAUCAAAUGGGCUAAGAAAAUCUCAGAGGGAACUAAUUUCUAAGAAAAUUCUAUUUUUGUUUUUUUAUUAUGCAAAACUUAAAAUUUGUCUUUUAAUCUUGAUACUAGAAACCUAUAUCCUGAUCUUCCAUUUAUAUUUUAUAAUAGUCUUUCUAAGUUUCUGAAUAGUCUCCACAAAUUUUAUUUUCCUUUCCUUUUGUAUUUCCAUCAGGUUGCUCUAGCAAAAUAAACAUGCUAAUCACCCUGUUACUGAAUUAAAACAUAAAGGAAGCUUUACUAUUUAAAAGUACAAGUUUAUAUUUUGAAAAUGAUUGCAGAAAAUAAAACAUUAAGAAAUAGAUGAAACUAGUUAAAACAUCACUGAGAAGGAUGCUCUCGAUUGUGAGGGACAAAGACAAAAAAUAGGGCAGUUCCCCUUAAUUUCACAGAGCUAAGAUGAUAUCUUUUAUGAAAAUGGACAGAAGUUGAAUCCAAGGCAAUUUCUGUUUAUAAUAAUGAUUUUUGUAUAUUCUUUGUAAUUGUGUAUUGGUAUUUUUGCCUAAAGGGAUAAGUGGUAGCAUUUUCCAUUUUUAGUCUAUAUAUCCAAGAAUUAUUUGUAAUAAGAGGGACAAUACCUGUUCUUCCAAAGUCUGAAAGAAAUCCCCAACCUUUGCUCCAUGUAUUUUUGUGCUCUAUUAGAUACAGUCAUAUUUAUCUGUUUUAUAUGUUUGUUUUAUCCUUUUAUCAUUAUAAGAUAUCCCUUUUAUCUAGAGUAACAUUUUGUCUA